AUGGGACUUAAGUUGAACGGCAGAUAUAUUUCGCUGGUCCUGGCUGUACAGAUAGCGUACCUGGUGCAGGCGGUGAGAGCGGCCGGGCGGUGCGAUGCCGUCUUUAGGGACUUCUCGGAGUGUUUGCUGCGGCUGGGUGAUAACAUGGCCAGCUACCCCCAGGACCUGGACGACAAGAGAAACCUCCAAACGAUCUGCUCGUACUGGGAUGAUUUCCACUCCUGCACUCUCUCAGCGCUCACCGAUUGCCAGGAAGGAGCGAAAGACCUCUGGGAGAAACUGAGACGGGAAUCAAAAAACCUCGAUUUCCAAGGCAGCUUAUUUGAACUGUGCGGAGGGGGCAGCGGCGCUGCACCGUCCCUUCUCCCGCCAGCGUUGCCCCUGCUGCUGGCCGCUCUUUGGGCUGCCCUAGUGACCUGGCUGCCUUUUUAG